AUGUCCUCGGCCGUGGGGCCCCGCGGUCCUCGCCCACCCACGGUGCCUCCCCCGAUGCAAGAGCUGCCCGACCUGAGCCACCUGACCGAGGAGGAGAGAAACAUUAUCAUGGCAGUGAUGGACCGGCAGAAGGAGGAGGAGGAGAAAGAAGAGGCCAUGCUCAAGUGUGUUGUCAGGGACAUGGCGAAGCCUGCCGUCUGCAAAACACCAAGAAAUGCUGAAAACCAGCCCCACCAACCUGCACCUUUGAGCAUCUUUUCUUGUGUUUGUCGGCCAUGCAUCCCCCCAAGCUAGGACGGUGGCAGGGAAAAGAAUUGGAGAUUGCACCAACAGUUCGAAAGCUACAAGGAACAAGUGAGAAAAAUAGGGGAAGAAGCGCGGCGUUACCAAGGCGAGCACAAGGACGACGCUCCCACGUGUGGAAUCUGCCAUAAAACCAAGUUCGCGGACGGGUGCGGCCACCUCUGCUCCUACUGCCGCACCAAGUUCUGCGCGCGCUGCGGCGGCCGCGUGUCUCUGCGAUCCAACAACGAGGACAAAGUGGUAAUGUGGGUAUGCAAUUUAUGUCGAAAGCAACAAGAAAUUUUAACCAAAUCAGGGGCGUGGUUCUUCGGAAGUGGCCCUCAGCAGCCAAGUCAGGAUGGAACCCUGAGUGACACAGCCACAGGUGCUGGUUCGGAGGUACCCAGAGAAAAGAAGGCAAGACUCCAGGAGCGGUCGCGGUCUCAGACACCCCUGAGCACAGCAGCUGCCCCCUCGCAGGACACCGGUCCUCCCAGUGCACCACCCGACAGGAGCAAAGGGGCUGAACCCCCACAGCAAGCCCUGGGACCUGAACAGAAGCAGGCUUCAAGGUCUAGAAGUGAACCUCCAAGGGAAGCAAAGAAGGCCCCGGGGCUUUCUGAGCAGAACGGCAAGGGGGCCCAGAAGAGCGAGCGGAAACGCGUGCCAAAGACCUCACCGCAGCCCGGGGAGGCGGCCCCGGACGAACGCGAGCGGAAGGAAAGGCGGGAAAGGAGGCUGGAGAAGGGCCGGUCGCAGGAUUACUCCGACGUGCCAGAGAAACGGGACGAGGGCAAAGCGGCGGACGAGGAGAAGCAAAGGAAAGAGGAGGAGUACCAGACGCGGUACCGCAGCGACCCCAACCUGGCGCGGUACCCGGUGAAGCCGCCGCCGGAGGAGCAGCAGAUGCGCAUGCACGCCCGGGUGUCCCGCGCCAGGCACGAGCGGCGCCACAGCGAUGUGGCGCUUCCGCGCACCGAGGCGGGCGCCGCGCCGCCCGAGAGCAAGGCGGGCAAGCGCGCGCCGGGCCCCGCCAGGGCCUCGCCGCCGGACUCGCCGCGCGCCUACCCGGCCGAGAGGACCGCGGAGGCCCGGGCGCCCGGCGCCAAGCCGCUAACGAACCACAGCCCGCCGGCGCCCCGGCACGGCCCGGCCCCCGCCGAAGCCGCGGAGCUCAAAGCCCAGGAGCCCCUCAGGAAGCAGAGCCGCCUGGACCCCAGCUCGGCGGUGCUCAUCCGCAAGGCCAAGCGCGAGAAGGCGGAGACCAUGCUGCGCAACGACUCGCUGAGCUCCGACCAGUCCGAGUCCGUGCGGCCCUCGCCGCCCAAGCCGCACCGGCCCAAGAGGGGCGGCAAGAGGCGGCAGAUGUCGGUGAGCAGCUCCGAGGAGGAGGGCGUGUCGACGCCCGAGUACACCAGCUGCGAGGACGUGGAGCUGGAGAGCGAGAGCGUCAGCGAGAAAGGUGACUUAGACUAUUACUGGUUGGAUCCUGCCACGUGGCACAGCCGGGAAACAUCACCUAUUAGUUCGCAUCCUGUAACGUGGCAGCCAUCUAAAGAGGGGGAUCGAUUAAUCGGACGUGUUAUUCUUAACAAGAGAACAACUAUGCCCAAAGAGUCAGGCGCAUUGCUGGGUCUGAAAGUUGUUGGAGGAAAAAUGACUGACUUAGGACGCCUUGGUGCUUUCAUCACCAAAGUAAAGAAGGGUAGCCUGGCGGAUGUGGUUGGGCACCUAAGAGCAGGGGAUGAAGUUCUAGAAUGGAAUGGUAAACCCCUGCCGGGAGCUACAAAUGAAGAAGUUUACAACAUUAUUUUAGAAUCAAAAUCAGAACCUCAAGUUGAAAUUAUUGUUUCAAGGCCUAUUGGUGACAUUCCCCGGAUUCCUGAGAGCUCCCACCCUCCACUGGAGUCUAGUUCCAGUUCCUUUGAAUCGCAGAAGAUGGAAAGGCCUUCCAUUUCUGUUAUUUCCCCAACAAGUCCUGGAGCUCUGAAAGACGCCCCUCAAGUCCUCCCCGGACAGCUUUCUGUGAAGCUGUGGUAUGAUAAAGUGGGACACCAGCUGAUUGUAAAUGUUCUGCAAGCAACAGAUCUCCCCCCUAGAGUAGAUGGGCGCCCCAGGAAUCCCUAUGUAAAAAUGUAUUUUCUUCCAGAUAGAAGUGACAAGAGUAAAAGGAGGACCAAAACAGUAAAGAAAGUCCUAGAACCAAAAUGGAAUCAAACCUUUGUCUAUUCACAUGUACAUCGUAGAGAUUUUAGAGAACGAAUGUUAGAAAUAACUGUGUGGGACCAACCGAGAGUGCAAGAAGAAGAAAGUGAAUUUCUUGGAGAGAUCCUCAUAGAGUUGGAAACCGCGCUGUUAGAUGAUGAACCCCACUGGUACAAGCUCCAAACACAUGAUGAAUCUUCACUACCUCUGCCUCAGCCAUCACCAUUCAUGCCAAGGCGACACAUUCAUGGAGAAAGCUCUAGCAAAAAGCUACAAAGGUCUCAGCGAAUCAGUGAUAGUGACAUCUCAGAUUAUGAGGUUGAUGAUGGGAUUGGAGUGGUCCCUCCAGGCUAUAGGUCUAGUGCUAGAGAAAGUAAAUCUACAACAUUAACUGUGCCAGAACAGCAAAGAACAACCCAUCACCGCUCACGUUCAGUAUCUCCUCAUCGCGGCGAUGAUCAGGGAAGGCCGCGUUCACGUUUACCAAAUGUGCCAUUACAGAGGAGUUUAGAUGAAAUUCAUCCAACAAGAAGAUCACGCUCUCCAACUAGACACCACGAUGCCUCCCGAAGUCCAAUUGAUCACAGAUCCAGAGAUGUGGACAGUCAGUAUUUAUCAGAACAAGACAGUGAGCUUCUUAUGCUGCCCAGAGCAAAACGAGGACGGAGUGCAGAAUGCCUACACACUACCAGUGAACUGCAGCCCUCCCUUGACAGGGCUAGGAGUGCUAGUACCAACUGCUUGAGACCAGAUACUAGUUUGCAUUCACCAGAACGAGAAAGAGGUAGAUGGUCCCCCUCCCUAGAUAGGAGACGACCUCCUAGUCCCAGGAUUCAAAUCCAGCAUGCUUCUCCGGAAAACGACAGAAUGCACCGACAGGAAAGUCCAACCCAGUCCCCUCCGGCAGACACGUCAUUCAGCAGUCGCAGGGGAAGACAGCUCCCACAAGUGCCCGUGAGAAGUGGCAGUAUAGAACAAGCAAGCUUAGUAGUGGAGGAGCGAGCAAGACAGAUGAAAAUGAAAGUGCAUCGAUUUAAGCAGUCGACAGGGUCUGGGUCUAGUCAAGAACUUGAUCGCGAGCAAUAUUCCAAGUAUAACAUACAUAGAGAUCAGUACAGAAGCUGUGAUAACGUCUCUGCCAAAUCAUCAGAUAGUGAUGUCAGUGAUGUGUCCGCCAUUUCCCGAACCAGCAGUGCCUCACGCCUCAGCAGCACGAGCUUUAUGUCAGAGCAAUCUGAGCGGCCCAGGGGUAGAAUCAGUUCAUUUACCCCCAAAAUGCAAGGCAGACGGAUGGGGACGUCGGGAAGAGCCAUCAUGAAGAGCACCAGUGUGAGUGGAGAGAUGUACUCACUGGAGCAUAAUGACGGCAGCCAGUCUGACACAGCUGUGGGGACCGUCGGAGCAGGUGGAAAGAAGCGGAGGUCCAGCCUGAGUGCCAAAGUGGUUGCCAUAGUAUCUCGAAGAAGCAGAAGCACGUCUCAGCUUAGCCAGACAGAGUCAGGCCACAAGAAGUUGAAAAGCACCAUCCAGAGGAGCACGGAGACGGGCAUGGCCGCCGAGAUGCGGAAGAUGACGCGGCAGCCGAGCCGGGAGUCCACCGACGGCAGCAUCAACAGCUACAGCUCCGAGGGGAACUUAAUAUUUCCUGGAGUACGACUGGGAGCUGACAGUCAAUUCAGUGAUUUUCUUGAUGGAUUGGGACCAGCCCAGCUUGUUGGCCGCCAAACCCUUGCCACCCCUGCCAUGGGUGACAUACAAAUCGGGAUGGAGGAUAAAAAGGGCCAGUUAGAAGUCGAGGUCAUCAGAGCACGAAGCCUCACGCAGAAGCCGGGCUCCAAAUCGACACCCGGUAAGGAAGAGUCUGACGGCUGCAGAGUGAUUGUCUGGGGAGACUAUGGCAGAAUGGACCACAAAUGCUUCAUGGGUGUGGCUCAGAUCUUGUUGGAAGAACUCGAUCUGUCCAGCAUGGUGAUCGGAUGGUACAAAUUGUUCCCACCGUCCUCGCUGGUGGAUCCCACACUCACGCCGCUAACCCGCCGGGCUUCCCAAUCCUCUCUGGAAAGUUCAACUGGGCCUCCCUGCAUCCGAUCAUAG